GACACAGCUUUGUCAAUAUUUCCCCAAUUCAAAAACAAAGAAACGAGAAAUGGAAGAUUUGAGCAGAUCGUCUAUGAAGUUUUACUCGGAUCAACAACAAUGCUAUGCUGAUAUCCUAACUUCUCUUGAGGUUCGAGCGAGAAUCGAAGUUUCAGUACUAAAUUUUCUCAAGAAUUUGAACUCUCCUGAUCCUGCAAUCUCCGAUCUCCCUCUGAUCAAUAGAAGAUUGAGUAACAGCCGUGUAAAUCAGGGGAUACUGACAGAUAUCUCCUCGAUUUUCCUAUCUCAUUCGUUUUGUACGAGGUCCUUGAUGAAAGCCAACGCAGCAAAAGCCUUCGUUAGAGUUUGGAAGGUGAUGGAGAUGUGCUUUCACAUUCUGGUUGAAGAAAAGCAAGUCACGCAGAGGGAACUCUUUUAUAAGUUGCUUUGUGAUUCACCAGAAUAUUUCACUUCUCAGUUGCAAGUCAAUAGGACAAUUCAAGAUGUUGUAGCAUUGCUUCGGUGUAGUCGUUACAGUCUUGGAAUUAUGGCAUCUAGUAGAGGGCUUGUUGCUGGGCGAUUGUUGCUUCAGGAACCAAACCAUGAGGUCGUUGAUUGUUCAGCAUGUGGAUCUUCUGGUUAUGCUAUUUCUGGUGAUCUGAACUUGUUAGAGAAGUUGGUUAUGAAGACAGAUGCGAGGUACAUCAUUUUGGUGGAAAAGCAUGCAAUAUUCCAUCGGCUGGCUGAGGAUCGUGUAUUCGAUAAAAUUCCAAGUAUUCUUAUCACAGCCAAAGGAUACCCAGAUAUUGCCACAAGGUUUUUUCUUCACAAAAUGACACGAGCUUUCCCAGACUUACCAAUUUUAGCACUGGUUGACUGGAAUCCCGCUGGAUUGGCUAUACUAUGCACCUUCAAGUUUGGAAGCAUAGGGAUGGGUUUGGAGGCAUACAGAUACGCUUGCAAUGUCAAGUGGUUGGGACUACGAGGAGAUGAUCUACAGCUGAUCCCUGAACAAUCUUUAGCUCCAUUGAAGCCACGAGACCUGCAAGUUGCGAGAAGUUUGAUGUCUUCAAAGAUAUUACAGGUAAAAAUUAAUGGUGUUUGCCAGGAAAAUUACAAAGAAGAGUUGACAUUGAUGGUUCAGAGUGGUCAGAGAGCAGAGAUUGAAGCUCUAUACUUCCAUGGAUACGAUUAUUUGGAGAAGUAUAUAGAGAAGAAAAUUGUUCAAGCUAAUUACAUCUAA